AUGGCGCUCCAGCUGCUGCCCGGCACUGGGCACACUUCAUCGGCUGGGCCCCAGCAUCUGAGAGUCUGCCAGUGGACACGUCCAAGCCAGAGGGAUGGCCCAGGGGUGUCCGGGGGCAAGAAGGCAGUAGCGGCGGUCUGCACCGCCUGGCACUCCUCCGUGCGCUCCCAGCUCCGCGCCCUCCAUGCGCCCGGCGCUGGGUUGCAGCCUCCGCCGCCCGGAGGGCGCGAUGCGGCGAUGAACCUGCUCUGGCCGCCGCUGCUCUGGCCGCUGCUGCUCGGGCUUCUGGAGCCCGGUCGACCGACGACUGGUCCCGGGGCGCGUCUGCGGCGCGAUGCCGGCGGUCGCGGCGGGGUCUACGAGCACCUCGGCGGGGCGCCACGGCGCCGCAAGCUCUACUGCGCUACCAAGUACCACCUCCAGCUGCACCCGAGCGGCCGCGUAAACGGCAGCCUGGAGAACAGCGCCUACAGUAUCCUGGAGAUCACCGCGGUGGAAGUGGGCGUAGUGGCCAUUAAGGGUCUCUUCUCUGGCAGGUACCUGGCCAUGAACAAGAGGGGACGACUGUACGCUUCGGAGCACUACAACGCAGAGUGUGAGUUCCUGGAGCGCAUCCACGAGCUGGGUUACAACACAUACGCCUCCCGUCUGUACCGCACGGGGCCCAGCGGACCAGGGAUGCAGUGGCAACCCGGUGCCCAGAGACCUUGGUACGUGUCUGUCAACGGCAAGGGUCGGCCACGCCGAGGCUUCAAGACCCGGCGCACACAGAAGUCCUCGCUCUUCCUGCCACGAGUGCUGGGCCACAAGGACCACGAGAUGGUGCGGCUGCUGCAGAGCAGCCAGCCACGCGCCCCACGUGACAGCGCCCAGCCCCAGCGGCGACGCAAGAAACAGAGCCCGGAAGGCCACCGCACGGUGGCGCCCGCGUCCGCUCCUGCCACUCUGGGUACCCAGCUGGUGACAGGUGGACGGGCUUGAGUGGCCAGCAGCAUCCAGACCCCACUCUCCUCCAGUCCCCCAUCCUGGUCUCUGGACUGGCUGCAGUUUCAGGCCUGUGGAAUCCACGUGGCCUUUGUGGCCUUUGAAGUUCACGUGGCAGAUGCUCAGGGCUCAGUCAGGACCAUGGAACACCGGGAAGCUCAAGAUAUUGCCGGGUGGCAUCUGGGAGGGAGUGCUCAGAGCUGGGUGACCUGAGGUGCAGCCCAGCGAUGGUGGGGGUCGGAC